UUCUCUUUCUACCGGUCGUUGUUAUCAAUUACACAUUCUAAAAGGCGAGAAAAGCAAUACUUUUAACCUUGUGAAUAUGUCUAUCAGUUUGAUUGUCAGAUUAUGGACGAGGUAGAGAAAAAAGCGACGAGAACAAAGGAUUCCUAUUUUUGAAAGAAUGCUGAAUAUAUGCGAGCAAAAGUGGAUUAUUUCUUCGCUGACUGUUUAUUCGUUUAUUCUUCAAUUUUCCCCUUUGUUAAUUCACGUCUUAGUUAACGAUGUGAGAGCCACUGCAGACCUGGAGACAGUAGAAGUUACAGAAGGAGAAACGAUCACUCUAAACUCUCACAUAACUGGAGUAAAGAGUGAUGAUGGAAUACUGUGGACAUUUGGUACUAGAAACAUUCGCAUAGCACAGAUAUUUAAAAUGGAACCUUUCACUCAUUAUGAUGAGAUAUUCAGAAACAGACUGCAGCUGGACACACAGACUGGAUCUCUGACCAUCCACAACAUCAGCAUCACACACUCUGGAGUUUAUAAACUACAAAUUAUAAGUAAUGAUGUCUCAACCAAGCAAUUCAAUGUCACUGUUUAUGCCAGGCUGCCUGUGCCUAACAUCACACGUGCAUCACAUUCAAAAAGAAAGAGCUCCAUAUCCCUGACAUGUCCAGUGUUGUGUUCUGUGGACAGUGUGAAUAAGGUGACUCUCUCCUGGUAUAAAGGCAACCAUGUGAUCUCCACUAUCAGUGAUUCUAAAACCAGCUCACUUUUUCUGCCUCUGGAAGUUGAAUAUCAUGAUAAAAACACCUACAGCUGUGUAGCAUCCAACCCUGUCAGUAACCAAACAGCACUUCUCAUCAUAACCAGCAUCUGUCAGCCUGUGUCAGGACAUCGGCUGAUUCUUUUGUCUGUGAUACCUGCAGUUGCACUACUACUGGUUGUAAUUCUGGUCCUGUACUGGAAAUUCAGAAAAGUAAAAAAAAAUACCUGAAGAAGCACAGGACAUAGUGUAUUCAGCAGUCAAUAA